UGAUUUUUUACAUUUUGUCGACUGGAUCUUCACACUAUUCAACAUAAAUCACAUCAGCAAAUUUAAUCAAAAUUCUGGCAAUCGCAUAUCGAGAACCAUGUCGUCGGCGAUCUCUCAGCUCUCAUGCUUCUCCGCCGUAGUUGACAGCCGCCGUUCGCAUCUCCACCAGAGAUUCCAUCUCUUCCCCACGAAAUUUCGUCCCAUAAAGGUUAUAAAUGUUAUGAACAGUGAUGGGCACGGCUCAAAAUUAUCCCAAUUAGAGAAUAAUACUCCGAGUUAUGUAGAAGAUGCAUCGGCAUCCUAUAACGGAAGCUCGGUGCAGCCGCAUUCUGCUGCUGAUAGUUCUGUUGCCGGAGGAGCAACAGAUGAGCUGGAAAGCGCAGUCAACCAACCAAAGAGGGCAGCAAUGAUUCACGACUUCUGUUUUGGAAUUCCCUUCGGUGGACUAGUAUUUUCCGGGGGUCUCGUUGGCUUUUUGGUUUCAAGAAACCCUCGUACUCUGAUUUCCGGUGUGCUCUAUGGAGGUGCCCUGCUUGCUCUUAGCACGCUGAGCUUGAAGGUGUGGAGACAAGGGAAACCGAGCUUUCCGUUUAUAAUAGGUCAAGCAGUACUCUCGCUCGCCCUCCUACUUAAGCAUUCUCGGGCCUAUACAUUGACAAACAAAUUCUUCCCGGCAGCGUUCAAUGUCGUCAUCAGUGCUGCAAUGCUGUUGUUCUAUGCCUAUGUGAUGAUAUCCGGAGGCAAUCCUCCACCGAAGAAGCUGAAGCCUACUGCUGCAGUUGAGUCCUCGUAGUCAAGAGAUGGAUACUGGUGGUGAGUUACUGAUCACUGGCCCUCAAAGAAGUUUCUUUCGAGUAAAUUUAGAUCAUUAAUACGACGCCUUGGGGUAUCAUGAUUGAGAUACUGAGUGUAUCAUCUGAACUUGGUAGUAUAAAUCCGAAUUGAAUUUUACCAGCAUGAACUCAAGAGUAGAUUAUUAUGGUCUUGUUGUAGGUGACUUUCAGCAGCAACUUUCGAUCAUUUCCAUAGCUAUCUAUAUAUGUUGUGACGCAUAGCAAACAA